AGAUUCUGUAGUCCCCUAGUAACACACAAGUAUGAAGAAUUAUCUGAUUCUACUCAUGUUUUUCACAGGAGAGGUCCCCCUUGUACAUUCUGUCCCUCGUAAGUACUAUCUGAUCCAGCAGGGGAAAACCUGGAGUGAAGCUCAGGAUUACUGCAGAGCCACACACACUGACCUGGCUAUCAUCAAAAGUAAUGAUGACAUGGUCCGACUUCAGAAUGAAGCACAGAAACAACAGUUCAGUUCUAGUGCUUGGAUUGGACUCUACAAUAACAUCAACAGCUGGCGCUGGUCCAUGGGAAAUGAGCCACUUGAAACUACAAGAUGGGGUGGAGCUGAACCCAACAACUGGGGUGGACAUGAGGAGUGUGGUAUAAUUACUUCCUGGGGUUGGGCAGAUGUGUCCUGUACUUUUCCACUCCCCUUUGUCUGUUUUGAUGGUAAGAAUCUAAAAAUUGCUCUCUUUCUUAUUUGUCAGUAGAGAAUCUUGUUUUGUAAUAAAUAUUCUUAACUCUGAAAUAUUCAAUUCAAUUCAAUUCAGUUUAU